AUAAUGAAGUUAGCACAGCAGGUGGCAGUAAUGCUCUUUACUAUUAUUUACUAGCUCACACUAAGCAGUAGAAGAAGAUGUCGCUUUAAGUACAUGUGCUAAGACGGUGUUAAGAAGAAUAUCCAGUGAAAACAUGGCGAGGAAUAAACAGAAGGGUAAAAAGCAUCAGAAUGUUUUUCAAGUGGCUACCAAACAGUCCAAGCCCAAGUCUAAAACCAAGCCAGUGAAGACUUCAUUAAAACAUAUAAACACUCUAAAAAAAGAGAAAGUGGAGAACUUGAAUCAGAUUUUCUCUGAGGUUCAGAGGGACAUGAAAAGUAUUUCAAAAUCUACAGCCAAAGAAUCUACAGGAAAAGCAUCGAUCUCAAAAGACAAAUUACAGGAGUCGGUGAAUGUGGACGGAGCUGCCCAACUCCUCUCUCAACUGUAGAGACAAAACCAAGUCGUAUGCGGUCUGUCGUAUGAGCAAGUUCUGAACACAUUCUAGACAUUACUUGAAACCAGUUAAUCGAAAACGAGCCCUGGAUCUAAUUAAUACAGCAUAAAUAGGAAAAUGAUGUCCAGAGUCAGAUCAUAUAAUAAAUGUAUGUCUGUAUAUUCAAGAACAACUGACAUUCUAGCCGAAAUGACUGGCUCUCAAAAUGAGCAUGUUUUAUAAGUUGAAUUAGAAUUUGUGUCAUGUUUUUAAAUGACAGAUAGAUUAAGUGGUCUGUCUAUAUAACAUCAUCAUGUGGGUUUCAUGUAAUUUACUGUCUUUUGCCAUUGGCCCAAGAACGAUAUGAUAAAGAUGUCCUACAUGGGUGUGAAUAAACAUUUGUAUAGUUA